GGUCGAACGGGCAGCCACCCCAAUUAUCGUCACCGACUCCACAAACAAAUUGCAGAGUUGCAGACCAACGCCACGCCGACAUCGACAGCACUGAGCAGACACGUCGCGGUCUCUGCCGUAAAGUACGGACACUGUCGGUCACACUCGCCUCUUGUUGUCUCUCGAGUCCCGAGGCCCGCCCAUCUCCCUCCCUUGAGAGCCACACCGCUCGCGCUGGAGCAUGGGUUCGAGCCCGAUGUGGUCAGGACCGCCGCCGUCGCCGUGGGAUCGAGGUGCAGGGAAAUGGUGGGCGAUGGGAGGGCCAUUGGUGGUGAAGGCCGUCGGGUUCCUGCUGCUCGCCGGCCUCUUGUUCCGGGUGCUCUGCUCCUUCCCGUCCUCUCCGGCGCCGGCGCUGGAGAUUACAAAAGGAAAAUGCAAUCUUUUCAAUGGGGAAUGGAUACCAAACCCCUCUGGCACAGCCUAUACAAAUGCAAGCUGUCGAUUUAUUGAUGAUCACCAGAACUGCAUGAUGAAUGGUAGACCUGACAAGGAAUAUCUACGUUGGAAUUGGAAGCCUUAUGGAUGUGAUCUUCCACCAUUUGAUGCAGUCAGAUUUCUAGAUUCUAUGAGAAACAAAGCUUGGGGACUAAUUGGUGACUCCAUUCUUCGUAACCAAGUUCAGUCAUUGCUUUGCCUUCUGUCUAAGGCUGAAGAACCUGUUGAGGUUUACCAUGAUAAGGAAUUCAAAAACAGGAGAUGGCACUUCCAAUCCUACAACUUCACAGUGUCCAUUGUCUGGGCUCCUUUCCUCAUCAAAUCUGAUGUUUUUGAGAAUGAGAAUGGUGUAUCCACCUCUGAAAUACAGCUCCACCUUGACAUACUUGAUGCUAGCUGGACAAGUCAGUAUGAGAGCUUUGACUAUAUUAUUAUUUCUGGUGGACAAUGGUUUCUGAAGGUAGCGGUCUACUGGGAGAAUGGUGCUGUGGUUGGUUGUCAUAAUUCUCAGAACAAGAACCUCGCUGAACUCGGUUUUGAGCACCUGUAUCGGAAAACUCUACAAAAUGUUUUCAAGUUCAUCAUCUCAGCAAAACACAAGCCAGUAGUUUUCUUCAGGACCUGGUCACCUGAUCACUUCGAGAAUGGAGAGUGGUUUAACGGUGGGUCUUGUUCCAGGGAAUUGCCCUACAAGAAGGGAGAGUACAGAGAGGGAUACAUCGAGCGUGUCAUGAGGCAAAUCGAGCUUGAAUCCUUUAACAAGGCUGCAGCUGCGCUUAGGGGUUCGGUGGAUGCGGAUAGGCUGAGACUCAUGGAUACCUACAGCCUCUCGUUCUUGAGACCGGACGGUCACGUUGGGCCUUACAGAACACCCUAUCCCUUUGCAAAGGGCAGCACGGAAUCCACUCCCGUUCAAAAUGAUUGCUUGCACUGGUGUGUGCCAGGCCCCAUUGAUGCGUGGAAUGAUCUUGUUAUGAAGAUGGCCCUGGAUUGAUGAAAACCUUAUUAUGGAUUUAUAUGGUGUGCUCUUAUGGAGUAUAAGUAGCAGCCAAGUGGGCACAAAAAAGUGUCCGUUUUGGUUUAGCUGUAAAAUAGUAGUACUAGCAAAUAGAGAAACCUCAAGUUUGACUUUAUUGCAAAGAUAUAUGUGUAUGUUGUUUUCAAGCUUUAAAGUUUGAACUGGGCAGUCACUGUCGGUUAUUCCUGGUUUAACAGGUUGGCCCUCGAUGCUGACUGCCGUUCAUCAAGAAGUAACCUGUAAUCUGCCGUUCAGCAAGGCAUGACUGUCCUGGCUGACGAACAUUCUCUUUUAGAAAUAUAUAUACUUUUAUAAUAAA